AUGUUCUUGCUCCCACCGCUCUGUGUUUUUCUUUAUGACGCUCGAACGGCACAAACAGCCACAUUCGGUUCGUGUGUACGACUUGACUUCCCCUUCUCCCUUCUACUACUGCUUAGUGGCGCGUGCGUGGGGGGAGCCGCUUCUGUGUGUAUUCCAGGCGGGCACCCUACUCCGCUAUCCAUCCCUGGGGGCUCUCUGUGUACGGACAGCGACGGCUUUUUCGGCUUGAAGCAUCAACCGAAGCGCGUGGGUGUCGUUGGAGCGGGGUACAUAGCAGUGGAGCUCUGCGGGGUUCUGCAAGCGCUGGGGACGGAAACCCAUUUGUUCACGCGACACUCCCGCGCCCUCCGCAAGUUCGACGUCAUGAUUCAAGAACAAAACCACAAAAACAUGCAAAAGCUCGGGAUACAGGUGGAGUUGACGCCAAUGGCCAUAGCUGCAGGUCGCCGUCUGGCUGACCGGCUGUAUGGACAGCUGCCGCAGGCGAAAGCAGACUACGACUUCGUUCCCUCUGUUAUUUUUUCUCAUCCUCCUAUUGCUUCUGUUGGGCUCACCGAAGAGCAGGCGGUGCAGCAGUACGGCACGGACGACAUCAAGGUGUAUGAGGGGAGCUGUGUUAAUUUGCUUUACGGGCCGUACCCCAUACCCCCCGAGGAGAAGCCGAAGACAUCAGAUAAAGAGAGAAUUUUGGGGCUUCAUAUGGUCGGCAUGGCCGUCGAUGAAGUUCUCCAGGGAUUUGCAGUUGCAAUCAAAAUGCGCUUGUCUCUGUUUCUGUUUCUCUUUGUGGUGUCUUCAUCGCUCAAGCUGUAG